AUGGACAACAUCGACGAGGAAUAUGACCGUCUCGUUGAACACCUUCACGACUGCACGAAGAAGGCUGAGAGUUUUAAAACCAUCAAGAGACGCCUGUCUCUUGAAACUCUUGAGCUGAUAUGCCAGCGUGGAGCAGCACGAGCCGCAGGGAGCCAAGAACUCACGUCCGAGCUCGCGAGAGUUUGCAAGCAGGUGAUAAAGGAAGACCUUAAGGAGAGAAGGGUGAAAGUGCUGGCUGAAGCUGCAGAGACGGGGAAAAGCAUCCGCUAUGCCCGUCGAGACUUCGCCAGUUGCAAGACGAGAAUGACUGCUCUCCGGAACACGAAGGGAACAACCACUGCAUUGAGAAGGGGAAUGGAGAAAAUCAUCUACGACUUCUACUCUGAUCUCUUCGACAGCCAUGUCCACUUGCCUACUUACCAUCUGAGAGAAGACGGACAUGUCAUUCCAGAGGUUCUCCGAAAUAGGAUAUGCUAUCAUGUCAGUAAGAAAUCGUACGGCACCCAGUCCCGACAGAAUAAGACCAGAACACCUGAAGAACCUUCCGCCAGUACUCUUUACACGUUACCUGUCGGAAUGCAAGGUUCCUAA